AUGUCUACCAAGCCGAUCUUCGUGGCCACGCAUCCGCGUGCCUGUUCGACGGCGUUUGAGCGAGUCUUCAUGACUCAGCGUGCCACCAUCCAGUGUGUCCAUGAGCCGUUCGGCGAUGCCUUCUACUACGGUCCGGAGCGUCUCUCCGACCGGUUCGAGGACGACGAGCAGGCGCGUGUCGACAGCGGGUUCAGCCAGUCGACAUAUCGCACUGUGGUGGAGAGACUGGAAGGUGAAGCUUCAGAGGGCAAGAGAGUCUUCAUCAAGGAUAUCGACCACUACCUUCUUCCGCCAGCCGGUAAGCCCGCCAGUAUUGCCCCCUCGCUGCGACGCAUUAAACGCGGUGUCGGUACCGCCAACAGCGACAACCACGCCCAGGCCAACGGCGUGAAUGGUGCCGUCAAUGGCACCGUUCAUGCCAACGGCCACGCCACCGCGCCGACCAACGGGGUCACUAAUGGCACCGCCAACGGUACCAACGGCACGGUGGGCAACGGCGUUGCCAAUGGCGUCAGCGGGGUCAACGGCCACCACGACACCAACGGCACCGCGAACGGGACCACCAACAGUGUCUCGCACCGGCCGUACCCGUACGACACACCCGCCGAGCCGGGCAACCCCACGGUGAUGCCCCGUGAGAUCCAGGAACGCUUCCAUUUCGCAUUCCUCAUCCGCGACCCGCACUUCAGCGUGCCAUCGUACUACCGCUGCACGAUCCCACCCCUGGACGCAGUGACCGGGUUCCACAACUAUGACCCCCUGGAGGCGGGGUACGACGAACUGCGGCGGCACUUUGACUACCUCGUGCGCGAGGGCCUGGUGGGACCGCGCGUGGCGACUCGCCCGGACCUGCAAGUUGAGAACUGCGGGGCGAAAGAGACGGUCCAUGAAAUCUGCGUGAUCGAUGCGGAUGAUAUGCUGGAUGCGCCGGCGCCGACGAUCGAGGCGUUCUGCAAGAGCGUCGGGCUGCCGUACGAUCCGUCUCUGUUGACCUGGGAUACGCAGGAGGAUUAUGACUUCGCGUGCUUCUGCUUUGAGAAGUGGCGUGGGUUCCAUAAUGAUGCGAUUGAGUCCAAGGCGCUGGUGGCGCGACAACAUAAGCAUGCUGUCAAGACCGAGGAAGAGUUCGACGCCGAGUGGACCAAGAAGUAUGGCCCCAAGGCAGCGGCCCUCAUCCGCAAGGCCGUCGACGACAACAUGGAGGACUACCUGUAUCUGAAACAGUUUGCGGUGAAAGUGUAA